AUGUUAGAAAAAUGUUUGGGACCUCAAAGAGCUAGAAAAUUUCAGAGAUUUCUCAACCAUUGUAAGGUUACAAUCCUCUGUCUCUUCCUCACCAUUAUUGUCCUACGUGGCACCAUCGGCGCCGGUAAAUUCGGUACGCCGGAGCAAGAUUUCGUCGACAUUCGCAACCGUUUCACCUCUCGUAAGCUACCCGAAUCAUCUCACCGCAUUCUCGGCGAGAUUCAUUCAACAACAACAUCAACAUCUUCUUCUCGUUCAGAUAGUUCCACUUCUUCAACAAACAAUUACAAUGCUUUCGAUAUCAACACAAUAUUGGUCGAUGAAGAAGAAGAAGACAAAAAACGCAGCUUGAAUGAGCCUUAUCGUUUAGGACCAAAAAUUUCGAAUUGGGAUGAACAGAGAUCAAAAUGGCUUCUUGAAAACCCCAAUUUCCCAAAUUUUAUUCGACCCGAAAAGCCUCGUGUGCUUUUGGUAACUGGGUCAUCGCCAAAAUCAUGUGAGAAUCCGGUUGGUGAUCAUUACUUGUUGAAGUCGAUUAAGAACAAGAUUGAUUAUUGUCGUUUACAUGGUAUUGAGGUUUUUUACAAUAUGGCUCUUUUUGAUGCUGAAAUGGCUGGUUUUUGGGCAAAGCUUCCAUUGAUUCGUAAGCUUCUUUUGUCACACCCAGAAGUGGAGUUUCUAUGGUGGAUGGAUAGUGAUGCUAUGUUUACCGAUAUGGCCUUUGAGGUUCCUUGGGAGAAGUAUAAAGAUUCUAAUUUGGUUAUGCAUGGUUGGAAUGAGAUGGUUUAUGAUCAGAAGAAUUGGAUUGGGUUGAAUACCGGUAGUUUUUUGUUGAGGAAUUGUCAAUGGUCAUUGGAUAUUCUUGAUGCUUGGGCACCAAUGGGACCAAAAGGGAAAGUUAGGGAUGAAGCGGGGAAAGUGCUUACACGCGAACUCAAAGAUAGGCCGGUUUUUGAAGCGGAUGAUCAAUCUGCUAUGGUUUAUUUGUUGGCUAAGGAGAAGGAAAAAUGGGGUGAUAAGGUUUAUCUUGAGAAUGGUUAUUACUUGCAUGGUUAUUGGGGGAUUUUGGUCGAUAGAUAUGAGGAAAUGAUUGAGAAUUAUCAUCCUGGUUUUGGUGAUCAUAGGUGGCCAUUGGUGACUCAUUUUGUGGGGUGUAAGCCUUGUGGGAAGUUUGGGGAUUAUCCUGUUGAGAGAUGCUUGAAGCAGAUGGACAGAGCUUUCAAUUUCGGUGAUAAUCAGAUAUUACAGAUUUAUGGAUUCACACAUAAAUCAUUGGUUAGUAGGAGAGUUAGGAGAAUAAGGAAUGAGACUAAUAAUCCUCUUGAGGUUAAAGAUGAACUUGGUUUGCUCCAUCCAACUUUUAAAGCUGUUGAGGUAUCAUCUUCUAGGUGA